GAUUUUGUCGAUUAAGAAAAUCGGUAAAUAAUAUUUGAAGAACGCAUUUUACAAAACGUAACAUGCGAGGAGCGCAAACAAAAGUAUCUUUUAACCUCAACUAUUAGCGUUAAACAUGCGAAUCCACAAAAUAAAUAACCUCUUCGUUGUACGACAAUAGGGCAGCUCAAAUUAAGCACCGUGUCAAACACUUAAAACUUUUUCUACCGUUUUGAAGUAGUUGGAUUAUUACUCUAGUACUUGUUUUGCGACUAAAAGUCAGUUUUUAGCUUAAAUUUUGUAAAGUUUGAGAUACGAAGGCUUAUAUUUUCACACAAGAAGUAGGGAAAAAAUAACUGAGCUUGGAAUGAGAUUGCAAUAUUUUUAUUGUAUAUCAAAGGGACUUACGGUAGUGUUAAAUGUGCCUUUAAUACUGUUAAAAUUUUAAAUAUACCUAAAUGUAUAACCGGACAGACGUUUAUUUGUAAAUGUUACAAUUAUAAAAAUUGUGAUCAAGGAACUCUCUCAGCAUUAGAUUGAAAUAAGAUCAGAGAAUAUUCGCCAGGAUAAAGUUUAUAAAGAUAAUUUUGAAAGUGUUAUCUAUGUUUUAUCAACUGCAGUUUCCUCAGAUAAAAAAUCUUCAUGGCGUUCUAUAAACCAUCUAGGAAUUAAAAAAGUUGAAAGUUCGUUUUAUUUUUUCUUGAUACAUAUAGAUCAAAAUAUGUAUAUUUGAAAGAUAAACAGUUUAUAAUGUGAAAAUAAUACAUCCUGUAACAAGUAAAAUUUACUUUAAGUAAAUGAAUGUGAUAACUUAGUAUGUAUAUGGAUAGUAUUUAUUGAUGUCAGAUAUGCAGUUUUUAUCAUUUAAGAAUUUUUUCAAUGUAUUAAUAUUGAUGUAUGUUAUUGUGGACCCUCCGAGGGUGAUAAGCCGAGGGAAAAGAGGAAGAAUACAUCAAAGAGACAAUUCUAUGAGAGAUAAGGAGAGUAUAGAAGUUAGUGAUAUUCAUCAGUUCCCCUCAAAUAGUUUAGAAGCAGACGAAUACGGAGAUUUAGAAGCAGACAAAUACAGAGAUUUACAUGCUGAUGAGUUAAACAAUUACAGCACAAACGAUAAGGAAGUGGAAAAAAGUCGACAUAAACGUAUAGAUCCUAAAGGGAGCUGGCUAACAUUUGUAAAUCGUUUAGGAGAUAGCAAGCCAGACAGACGGAAACGAAAAAAGAAAAGAAAGAGGAAAAGAAAUUUUGAAGAAGCCACUAGAAGAGCACAACAAAUGUUUGCUGACAUGAUGAGUGAAAAUUUG